AUGGAGACAAGAGGCUGGCGCAGCAGAGACCGGAGAUAGAUCGAUUCUUCUAUAUAGCUACUAUACACUCUCGUGCGAAUUGUCCUUUCGCGUCGUCUCUCGGUAUAUGUACGCGGUGUUUUAUCGCGGCACACUUUCACUUUGCCGGAUUAGCGAGACCGAAUUAUACGGAGAGCUGGAGAAUUUAUGGAGGGCGAGGUUUAACAGCUGUGGCGGGGAUCUUCGAUUUGCGGAUUAGGCCCGAUUAAGCUGGCUUGCUCUUGCUGAAAAUUCAAUAAAAAAAUAAUAAUUGUCAAAGAAGAUUCACUGCUCUGUUUACCCAACAGCGCGAUCGUCCUGAAAAGCGUUGGCGACAAAACAAACAGCCGUAAUCCUCAUUGUGAAAUCUCGAAACGGUAGUAGGCGCGGCCCGACCCUUUCAAGAAAGCCUAAACGCCUUCAUCAUCAGGCCUCGGAGCUAAGGAAAAUUUACGAUCGUCCGCCGCACUGCAGUAGCGCAAAGCGCCGUGAAGAAGAAGCUGCGCCAGCGAUUCAUUGAAAACUCUAUGGGGGCGCAACGACGAUUUUCGCCUCGGCUCUACCUGCUGACGCGCCGCUAGCCUGUAUUUACGCUCAGCUCUCCUCACGGCGUUUUUCUUACCAUAACGCUUCCGUCUCUUCCGGAAUAAUGAUACCGUAGCUCGCUAAGGAUGCCUCGCAGAUUUAGUAUAUACGGCCCCGUAAAAUCGGCGCGCGCUGCACUGCUGUCGCUGCAGAUUUACAAGUGCGGCUGCAGCUCGAAGCCUUCCGGAUUUGCGAAUUAUACAGGCUUUUCCUCGAGCUGUUUGCAUAAUAUACUCUUACGGUAGUUACAAAAUUAUUGUAACCGUCGAUAUACCCACUCAAAACGCACAAUGUCGUUGCCCCUCGAGAGGCACACCUCCCCCUUACUAUAUUUUGAAAAGCCCAACGUACGAAAAACGUCGACCCUUUAAAGAAAAAAAAAGGCAGGAAACGCGUAUACAGUACACAUACCUGGCCACAAUUUCAACGCAGACUGUACAGGCAUGCGGCGGCGGCGGCGCAUCCUCUCCCUCCCCAAACUGCGCUCACGCUCCGCAAGCAUUAUAAUACACACGUAUAGCAGACGGCUCAUGCCACCGUCUGCUCGAGCAGCCGGUGGAUCCUUUUCCUUAUGGGCCGCUUCUUAUAUUCCAGCGCAGCUGCUGCGAUCCUUCAGUCCUUAAGCCGCUCUCGUGUGCGACGUUGUUCCCGAACACGAGCAGCGCGUCUCUCCUCUUCUCGACUCUGCGGAGUCUAGUGCGAUCUUUCUCUCAAGAGACUCCGUGUGUAACGUUAUCGCGAGGUGCAACAGUGUGUGGGAGGAAGAAAAGUGAUUGCGAUAGAGACUGUCGAAACCGAAAAAAAGAAAACACUCUCCGGAAGUCGGCCCAUACGUCUAGCGAAAACUUUGUCAUAGCGUUUGCCGUGAAAAUUCAUCGUUCGGCGAGCUUGAUCAAGAAAAAAAAAAGAAGCAGCAGCAGGAAGCAGACUUGGGAAAUAUGGCGGCGGCGGCGCAAUAAAAGAAACGCGCAGCGUACGUGUGAGAAGUUUCGCGCCUCCGCGCCAUAGUGCAGCGAACUAGACAGCCCUCGACAUGAUUAUCUUCGUAUCCGGAUUUUUAGUGGGCUUCCCACAGAAGAUGGACAGGCUGGGUCCAUCGAAGGGCGUAGGCGGGGGCGGCAGCCUGUACACCUCGUCGUCGUCGAGUCAGGCUCAGCCGGCGCUGUCCUCGUCGUACAUGACCGGCCAGUACAUGUACAGUCAGAAUUACGCGCACGCGCCUUAUCCCGGCGCGGGAAUCCAGCAGUAUCCCCAGCAGUACUCCCAGCCACAGAGUUACGGCCCGGUCGUCCAGGGCUACGGCGGACAGUCGGCCCAGUCGGCCUACCAGCAGACCUGCCACAAGAAGCCCUCGGUGCGCAAUGGUGACGUCAUGAAGAGGUGUCGGCUGCAGGCUGCCUACGAGUUGUCGCAAGACCUGCUGGACAAGCAGAUCGAGAUGCUGGAGCGCAAGUACGGCGGCGUUAAGGCGCGCAACGCCGCGCUAACGAUUCAACGGGCCUUUCGUCGCUACACCCUGCUGAAGAAGUUCGCCGCGAUCACGGCCAUGGCCAAGGCCGAGAAACGGCUCAGCCGCAAGCUCCAGGAGCAGGAGCAACAGGAGCAGCGACUGGCCUACCACAGCCAGGUCUACGUGCAGCAACAGCCCCAGCAACACCACCAUCACAAUCACGUGCAGUCGCACCUGCAGCAGCAACACUCGCCGGUCAACCGGCCGACGCCCAUUCGGAGUAUGUCCCUACGAGAGAGGAGACACGGGGGUGUCGUUCACGUCGACGGUUCCGCGCACGGCUGCAGCUCCCCCAUGCCCAGGAGCCACAGUGGUCGCUGCGAGAUUCAGAUCACUUCGCAUCAGAACCAGGUCACGAAUCACGCGGCUCACCAGCUGGUGAAUCACAGCGUCCAUUCCGGUGGCAGACACACACCGUCGUUGACACCGAGUCCUUGCGGUAGACAACAACAGCAGCAACAGCAGCAACAUCAGCCACCGCCUAGUCCCUGCUGGGAGUCGAGCUCGCAAGAGAGCGGCUCCAGUAUUCACUACUACAAUCCUCAGGAAACGCUGUGCGGACUGCGACAGGACACGCCGCCGCGCGACGUGCACCGAAUGACGCCGUGCACGUCGCCCUCGACGCCGUUGAAUCUCCAGUCGCAGAUGCAGCAGCAGCAGAACUGGUCGAGCAGCACAUCGCAGCUGAGCACGUCGAGCGGUAGGUCAGCGGGCGGACGAGGCUCGACCGGCUCCUGCGGCAAGAAGGUGCCGCCCGAGGUGCCCAAGCGCACCUCUUCCAUCAGCAACCGAUCUAUGGAGCAGAGGCACAACGGACUCAGCAAGAGCGUAGAGAACGGCAGCCUCAGCUCGGUCCAGAGCUCCGGUAGCGACUCCACCAACUGCGAGAGCUCCGAGGGUGACGCUCAGAGAGCAUCGCCCGUCUGGAAGCACAAGGGAAUCUCGAGCUCUCCGGAACACCAAGAGAUGGUUCACGCGAACGAGAGCGGCAGCCUGAUGAACAACGUCAAGGACCUGAGCCACUCGCACGCCGCAAGCUACCAACUGCCUAUGAUGGAUCACGCCGAGACGAUGUCGCAGACGAGCUACAAGGUCUCGGAGACGGUUCGCAAGCGCCAGUACCGCGUUGGUCUGAAUCUGUUCAACAAGAAGCCCGAGCGUGGCAUCAACUACCUCAUUCGUCGGGGCUUCCUCGAAAACUCGCCCCAGGGCGUCGCGCGCUUCCUCAUCAGCAGAAAGGGACUCUCCAAGCAGAUGAUCGGCGAGUACCUCGGUAAUCUUCAGAGCUCCUUCAACAUGGCUGUGCUCGAGUGCUUCUCACACGAACUCGAUCUCGCUGGGAUGCAGGUGGACGUCGCGCUGAGAAAGUUCCAGGCGUACUUCCGUAUGCCCGGCGAGGCGCAGAAAAUCGAGCGUCUUAUGGAGGUGUUUAGCCAGCGCUACUGCCAGUGCAACCCCGAUGUCGUUUCGAGGCUGCGCUCGCCAGACACGGUCUUCGUUCUGGCCUUCGCCAUUAUCAUGCUCAACACAGACCUGCACACGCCCAAUCUCAAACCCGAAAGGCGGAUGCGCCUCGAGGACUUCGUGAAGAACCUGCGAGGUAUCGACGACUGCGGCGAUAUUGACAAAGACAUACUCGUCGGUAUCUACGAGCGGGUCAAGGCCAACGAGUUCAAGCCUGGCUCCGACCACGUGACGCAGGUGAUGAAGGUCCAAGCGACGAUCGUCGGCAAGAAACCCAACAUGGCCCUGCCCCACCGCAGACUCGUCUGCUACUGCAGACUCUACGAAAUUCCAGACAUACACAAGAAGGAGAGGCCCGGAGUGCACCAGCGCGAGGUCUUCCUUUUCAACGACCUGCUCGUCGUCACCAAGAUUCUGAGCAAGAAGAAGAGCAGCGUUACCUACACGUUUAGACAGAGCUUCCCUCUGUGCGGCAUGGUCGUCACGUUGUUCGAAGUUUCUCACUACCCAUACGGUAUAAGGCUGUCGCAGCGCGUCGACAACAAGGUACUAGUCACAUUCAACGCUCGCAACGAGCACGACCGUUGCAAGUUCGUGGAGGAUCUGAGGGAGUCGAUCAGUGAGAUGGACGAGAUGGAAACGCUGAGAAUAGAGACCGAGCUGGAAAGGCAAAAGAGCAGCAGAGGGGCACGUGGCAGCGCCGAGAACCGCGACUCCGGUGUCGCGGACGUCGAGGUCUGCCCGUGUCCGGGACCAUGCUCCGAGAGGUCCGAGGUCGUCGACAUGGAUUCGCAGCUCAAGCGAUCUGCGCUAAGCAACUCGCUACUCGACAUACACGAGCAAUUCGCUGGCGAGAAACCGCAGCGUCGCGGCAGCGUCGGCUCCCUGGAUAGCGGUAUGUCAAUUUCAUUUCAAUCGACUUCCGCCAGCUCGAUGAGCCAAGGCGCGAAGGCGAUGCCGACCGGGCCCCAAGCGCUCGGGCACGCGGUCCACCCAGGGGCUACAAUCCCUGGGGGCGCAGCCAAGGGAACAGCCAUGGCUCAGCAGCCCUCUUUUUUAGGGAGCCUCUUCAAUAAGCGCGAGCGCAAGCUGUCCCAUACCGAGGAGCCGAGCGCGGUGAUGAGCUCGGCCACGUCGACAGCCGCGGCCGUGGCCGCAGCGGCGGCGACUGCAGCCGGACAGACUGUGCCCUACGGCCGCACCACCGAGGUCUAGAUGCGCCCAUCCUUCAUCUCCAGUAACUCCUCUUCGAGCUAUCAUCGCACCUCCACUCAUUCAUCAACCGGACGCGCGCGCGACGAAUGUGCUCCCGACUGUCGGGAUGAAGAGAUCGCUGUGAAUACGACGAAAGGCUACAACUCGCGUGCAAGAGCAAUCAUUUCUAGUCAUGUAGUUUGUUAUUAUUACGCGCUCACUUUCGCGAAUUGUAUACAUUUUAUCAAUUAGUUCUCUCUUUUGUCGCAAGAUUUUCGUACGUUUUUUAGAUGAAUUUUUAUUGUCUGUCUCUCGUGUAGACGUCUCUAUUUAAUAUAAUAUAUAAUUGCAUAUCGCUGAGAAAGGAAGAGAGGAAGUGAGAGAAGUGGAGAAAUGCAGCGAUCUGGCCGGAUCCGUUCGAGCAUUUUCUCGCGUUAUCGUACAUUUUGCGUCGUCAUUUUUAUAGUUUUCCGUGACGUCUUUUUUUACUCUGUCUUGACUUUUGUCUCGUAUCCUUCUUGCGAAAUUGUGUAUAGUAUUUAUUUGCCUAAUUGAGAAUUAUAAGGUUCAUUCAUACGUUAUUUAUACGUGAGAUAGCAUAGACGAAGAAAUUUAAGCAAUCUCGACGCUGCGUAUGUAAUACAUAAUAUGAAAUCUAUUGAGUUUGUAAAAGACCUCUUUGCAUUUGGCAAAGAAGUCUUUGCGAGAUCACAGCGAAUUGUCACUAGCGAUAACUAGAUUAAGACUAUCUUUUAAAAUUGUAUAUAGUACAUUUAAACAAAAAGGUAUGCUGUAUUGUGUAUUAUGAAGUACAAUAAUCAAAGUGAGAGUCAGAUAGCUGAGCAAGGGACGAACAUCACACAGAAAUAUGCGAUACAAGGACUUUGGAGAAAGCCACUCCGUUAACUUUUGUCUCAAAAGGCAAGCUGUUCGAGUCAUUGGUUUCAAUGCAGUAUUAUAGGGAAUAUCGAAGAAGUCUCGUUGUUCAUGGACCACAUUUUUUAUAUAAGUUGGCAAAGUUCUUAAGAAAGGCAAUAAUAUAAUAAUCAUGUGAGUUUAAGCCUUUUCAUGAAAUGCGCCAAUCGAUGAUCGCGACUCGACAGCUCUGUACUAAACAAAGUGAGAAACACGAAAAUACAUAUUAGUAAAACAAAAAAAAAAAUGACGCGUUAUCUUGUGGCGGUAAAAAAGCGCAGGCGCUUCAUGAUCUAGUAAGCGAAUAAAUAAUUAUAAAAAUAAAUCACUAUUAAAACGAUGUCUGCACACUUAAAAGGAGCAGCCUUUCACCCCCAAGAUAGCGAUUCACGCGAUAACGUAUCGACAACUUGUAAUUCGAGAUUUUAUUUCUUGGAAUUGUAACAAGAUCUAAUCGUAUUGUAAAUAUAACUAAUUAUUGUAAUACAAAGUAAUUGAAAAUAAUAAAAUUAAAA